UGAAAACAAUGUAGCGUUUCCGGUUGUUGUGACGUAAAAUCUUGUUUGUGGCGCUUUCCUCACGUUGUUCUCACAUGGUAAUCUCAACAUGGAGAAAACAAACAUAGAGAGCGCUAAUGAUGGCAAGCAUAAAGAUGAGACCAAAUCUGAGAAAAUGGAAGUGGAUGAUGAAACUCCACAUUCUCAGUCUGAACCAACAGGUAACGUUAAUCUACAGAGCCCCGUUAUCCAAUCAAUGCCUGGAGAGCCUUGCACCAUCAGUCAGUCUGAACCAAAUGUAGAUCAAUGCACCAAUAUCGAGUCCGAACUGACAGGAGAUCACAGUGUCAGUGGUCUGUCUGAACUAAAAGAAAAUCCGUGCACCAAUAUUGUGCCUGAACACAGAGAUCCUCACAGUGCCAGUUCUCAGUCUGAACCAAAGGAAGAUCAUUGCACAAAUAUUGAGUCAGAACAGACGAGUGGCCAUCAGUCUGGACAAACAGAAAUUCAACACAUCAGUACGCACAAUGAGAAGACAGGAGAUGUCUGCACCAGUAGUCAUUCUGGACCGAGAGAAGAUCACCUCAUCCGUAAUACAUCUGGUCCGGCAGAGAUGAAGUGUGAACCUGUGGUUAGUCCACAGACUGGCACAGGAUCCUUGGCUAUGUUAAGCAUGCAGUACAGAGGAAACAGCUCGGAUGAUGACCGCUCAGACAGUGACUCGGACUCUUCAUCCUCCACAUCCUCGUCCUCAUCAUCGACGUCCUCUUCCUCCUCUGAGCCUUUAAAGGUGCAUCGGGGUGAAGAUGAUGAUGAUGAAGGUGUUGCCAUGGUUAGCGGGAAGAUGCCUGUGCCGAUCAAAACUCAAGACGAGCUACUUUUAAAGGACCUUCCUGAAGUGGAGAAUCUGACCAUAAGCCUUCCAGACGAUACAGAGAUGGAGCCCAUUGGGACGAUAUCAAGCAUCGUUGAGCAACUAGUUAUUGUGGAAGCAUACAAGAACACACCACCACUUAAUGAAGACAGUGUGUUAUUCAGUCAAAACAGAAACUCUGUUGGCAAGGUUUUUGAAGUUUUUGGACCCGUUUGUCAACCUUAUUACGUUAUGAGGUUCAACUCAAAUGAAGAUAUCAUCAAGAAAGAACUCAAAAUUCGAGACCCUGUUUACUUUGCCCCCAAAAUUAAAGAUUUCACCGGCUACAUCUUCACCGAGAAACUGAAAGACCUCAAAGGAUCGGAUGCAUCCUGGAAAAAUGACCAGGAACCUCCUGCUGAGGCACUAGAUUAUAGUGAUGAUGAACAGGAGAAAAUGGCCAAACAGAAGCUGAAAGAUCAAAAGAGACGGCAGAACGAUUCGGGUACAGACGACGAAUCAGACAAAGUCCGGCCCGCUCAAAAACCGACCCGCCGGAAGCCCCGACAGAACCGCAACGCUCCACGUGGGCAGCACCACAAUCGUGGUGGCGGUUUCCAUAGUAACCAUCAUGCUCAUCCCCCCUUUCCACCCCCUGACUACAUUUUCCCUCCAUCUGAUCCACACAUGUAUCCCUACCAGGGCCCAAUGUACCCACCAUUCCAAAGACCUCCACCCUUUCACAUGGGCAUGCCCCCUUGGCCCCCAGGGGCAAAUCAAGGCUUUAUGUUUCAUCCCCCGCCUCCUCCCCCACCUCCACCAUCUAAUCAGUAAACCUGUGACUUUAAUCAACUUCACCGGACAACACGUAACUAGCGCCCCAGGAAGGGAUUACAGUCUUUGUAUACUAAUGUGAUCGUAUACAGGUGUAUAGUGUGAAUCAAAUCGUAUUGUACAUUAUUGAAGUUACAUUAUUAAUUUUGUAUUAAACAUUAUGAAUAUCAUA